AUGAACACGCAACAGAUGGAGCAGAUGGGGCAGUUCCGGAUAACUGUCUGGGAGGAGGAGAACUUCCAGGGCAAGCGCUGCGAGUUCAUGCUGGAGUGUCAGAACAUCAUGGAGAGAGGCUUCCGGAAGAUCCGCUCCUUCAAGGUGGAGAACGGCCCCUGGGUAGGGUAUGAGUACCCAGAGUUCCAGGGACAGCAGUUUAUUUUGGAGAAGGGAGACUACCCGUGCUAUCAGGCUUGGAGUGGAAACAGCAGCUACAGAACUGAACACAUGCUCUCCUUCAGGCCAAUCAAAUGUGCUAACCACAGUGACAGCAAGGUGACCCUCUACGAGUGCGAAGACUUCCAGGGACGCAAGUUUGAGAUGUGUGAUGACUACCCCUCCUUGCAGGCUAUGGGCUGGUGCAACAAGGAGGUCCCUUCAAUUAAAAUCAAUUCCGGAGCCUGGGUAGCCUAUCAGUUUCCUGGUUACCGUGGAUACCAGUACAUCCUGGAGAGAGACAGACACCAAGGAGAGUACAGAAACUAUAAUGAGUACAGCACCCAGGCCCACACCAAUCAGGUCCAGUCUAUUCGCAGAGUUCAGCACUAA